AUGCCAAAGCGAGGGAAGCAGCAGGAAUGCAUUUCCAUCCACAUCGGGCAGGCUGGCGUGCAGAUGGGCAAUGCUUGCUGGGAGCUGUAUUGCCUUGAACAUGGGAUCCAGGCAGAUGGGACCAUUCCUGGCCCCAAGCUGGCAAAACCUGUGGAGCUGGACUCAGAACAUAUGGAUUCUUCUUUCGAGACCUUCUUCUGUGAGACAGCAUCUGGGAAGCACGUGCCCCGGGCGGUUUUCAUAGACUUGGAGCCCACUGUAAUUGAUGAGAUUCGGACUGGGACCUACCACGCACUCUUCCACCCAGAGCAGCUCAUCAGUGGCAAGGAGGAUGCUGCCAACAACUAUGCUCGGGGCCACUACACUAUUGGGAAGGAGAUCAUAGACACUGUUCUCAGCAGAAUUCGUAAAAUGGCUGACCAGUGCAGUGGUCUCCAAGGAUUUCUGGUCUUCCACAGCUUUGGGGGAGGCACAGGCUCGGGCUUCACCUCCCUCCUCAUGGAGCGACUCUCUGUGGAGUACAGCAAGAAGUCCAAGCUGGAGUUCUCUGUGUACCCAGCCCCACAGGUCUCCACAGCAGUGGUGGAGCCCUACAACUCUAUCCUCACCACCCACACCACCCUGGAGCACUCGGACUGCUCCUUCAUGGUGGACAACGAGGCCAUCUAUGACAUCUGCAACCGCAACCUGGACAUUGAGCGUCCCACCUACACCAACCUCAACAGGCUGAUUGGGCAGAUCGUUUCAUCUGUCACUGCCUCACUGAGAUUUAAUGGGGCCUUGAAUGUUGACCUGAUUGAAUUCCAAACCAACCUGGUGCCCUACCCACGGAUACACUUCCCGCUCACAACCUAUGCUCCCAUCAUCUCAGCAGAGAAAGCCUACCACGAGCAGCUGUCGGUGCCGGAGAUCACCAGUGCUUGCUUUGAGUUCUCCAACCAGAUGGUGAAAUGUGACCCGCGCCGCGGCAAGUACAUGGCCUGCUGCCUGCUGUACCGGGGUGACGUGGUGCCCAAGGAUGUGAAUGCGGCCAUUGCAGCCAUUAAAACACGCCGGUCAAUCCAGUUUGUGGACUGGUGCCCCACGGGCUUCAAGGUGGGUAUCAACUACCAGCCGCCCACGGUGGUGCCGGGGGGAGACCUGGCCAAGGUGCAGCGGGCUGUCUGUAUGCUGAGCAACACCACAGCCAUUGCAGAGGCCUGGGCCCGCCUGGACCACAAGUUUGACCUGAUGUAUGCCAAGCGCGCCUUUGUGCACUGGUAUGUGGGGGAAGGCAUGGAAGAGGGUGAGUUUUCGGAGGCCAGGGAAGACCUGGCAGCCCUGGAGAAGGAUUACGAGGAGGUUGGAAGGGACUCGGCAGAUGGAGAAGAGGAUGAGGCUGAUGAGGAUGAGUACUAACAAACUUCUGUCUCUUUAAAAAGAAGUCAAACCGCGGGUCAAAUGCAAACUCUGUCAUCAGGCUGAA